UGAAUUGCCAGAUAAAAACCGAGCUUCCAGAUUCUUCUCCAAACCAAACCGAGCCUCUUCAACCCGAGGCGAAAGAAGAUGCAAAACCAUGGUUUGUACAACCCGUUGUACAGUCCACAUUAACUACCGUACAUACAGCUAUUGUACAGAAAAAUAACACCUCAGAUGAAUUAAGUGAAGGAGAGAUAAGAAGAAAACUGAUUGAAAACGCAAAACUCAAAACAUCGGCUUCUCACCGCCGAAGUCUGGACAAAACGGCGGUCAAAGACGGGAAGAAAUCAGUGGUUAAGGAUGGUAUAAAAGAGAGAAAGAAGUCGAUAUCUGCCGACCGAAAGAAAAUCUCGCAAUUGGUCAAAGCAACGCCAGAUAUUAAGAAAGUAACGCAAGAAGUAUCUAAAGUGACGCCAAGUCCUAAAGUGACUCAAAAUGUACAGAAAGUGACGCAAAACGUCUGUAAAUUGAUGCAGGGUAAAAAGAAAGUGAUUGCAGUUGACGCAGUGACGCAAAGUGCAGCUAAAGUGACCCAAAUUGUUGAUAAAAAAGAAAUAGCAGUGAAUAAAGAGAAAUCCGGAACUGAUGGAAAGAAAAAACUACUUCCGGUGAUGGAGAGAAGAAAAGGAGUUAAUGUUCCAACCUAUCCAACCACCACACCUAAACUCUCAGGGCAGAACCAACCCAUAAAGGAAUUUUCUCCGUCACAGCAGAAAGGACUUAAAACUUCCUCUGUAGGGGUUCCAAAACCCCCUUUUAUUGGGUCUAAAUGGGCUAAGGGAGAACGCUUGAAAGGGGUAAUAACAGGGUUUUAUGAGAGUCCAGCUUUACAUAGUCUGGGCGGACAAAUAUCUGCCUCUCCCCUCUCCUCCGCCUCCUCCCUUGUUGCUCCGCCCCCAACUGCCACUGUUCCGCCCACUCUUAUACCUGUCCGAUCCCUUCCAACCCCGACACAGGCUAAACCCCAUGUUGGUUCUAUCUCAUCUGUGAAGCCCCUGGAUGGGUUUAAUUACUCUGGACAACAAUUUAGUUCUUCGCCACCUUACUCUUCAGGGUAUGUACAGACACAGAGUACAGCUACACUCCCAAGUACAGUGUACAGUUCAGGAUAUAUGCAAAGUGUACAGAGUACAAUUCCAACCACGGUGUACGGUGGAGGUUAUGUACAGAGUGUACAGGGGGUACAGCAGCAUAACAGUCAGUACUAUUCAGGAGGAUAUUCCCAGAACACAGGCCAGGGGUACACCCAGUCCUCUAACCCAGGGGGGUAUUCACAGGGGUAUACACAGCCACAGUCACAGGGGUUCACCCAGGGGUAUAGUCAGCAACCUAAUCAACCCUUCUCCUACUCCUACCCCCCUAACUACAGUUUCCAGGGGUAUCCUGGAGCUAAGAAUUCUCCUGGUUCUCCUGGACCAGGGGUGUAUCCAGCAUCCUUCCAAGGAGGGUACUACAUUGCUGCACCAUCAGGGUUUCCCGUUGUAUCUUUAAGCAGUGGUGCCCAGGGGGGGAAAGAGGAAUCUAAACCCGCCCAGCAGGCUGGGGCAGGGGGUACCUCAGGGUCCCUAAACACCCCUGGAGGUUUUAUCUACGGGCCCUACACAUAUCCGGCCAGGGUCAUAGGACCCAUUAUAGCAUUAGCUGCUGGUAGCAUUCCUGUUCCUGUCGUAUCUUCCGAGCAGCCUAAACUCCCUGAGCAGCAGAAACAGCUGCAAAUAAACCACCAGCAGAGCUUCUCUUUAAACCAGAAGCAGCAGUCGACAUCUGCUGGAAUAAAACCGGUUCUCCGCCCGUCACAAGAUGGCGCCAAUAAACCCCAGGGAACAGCUGCCCCCAUCAUGGCGGCGUCAGCUGGUCUCCGUACUGACUCAACCGCGACUUUGUUGCGGACAGAUUCUCCACAAUUGACAGAUUCUUCCAUGUACAGAUCAACAGCUUCACAUAUACGGAACAAGAGUACAGAAGCUGGGUACAGAAUACCUGUACAAACAGACAGUACAGGGUACAGGCAAAUUCUACCUAAAGAUGGCGGGAAAGGAGCAGACACAGUACAGUACAUGAACUCGGCUAGGCCAUUACAGGUUGUUGGUCCCAUAACGGGCAAAUCUCCUGUUGUUGGCCAGGGUCUAGUGGCUGCUGUUCUUCCCCAACAGCAACAACAACAUUUCCAUCAGAACUUACAACAACAGUCAUUCCAACAACAGUUGAUACAACGUCAAUAUCAGACAUACAUUCAGUCACCAGUAUCAUCCAUCCAAUCUUACACACACUCAUCCCAACCCUCAUCCAACCUUUAUUCAUCCAACUCAUCAUAUUCAUCAUCUUCAUCCUCAUCCACUCAUCCGUCCCUCUCCAUAUCAUCAUCUUGUAGCUCGUCAACUAUCCAAUCUGUCUCCAGGUGUAAACCCAACCUAACCCAGAGUAAACCAUCCUCCCUCCGCGACGUACGAAAGAAAAAGACUGAACAUGAACCUGUGAUAGACAUUGAUGCAUCUGAAGACACCAAUGUCCAAGCUGAAAUUGUGAUUGAUACUAAGAAAGAUAACGAUCGAGGAAAGGAAACCACUGAAAGAUUAAAAGGAUCUAAGAAUGAAGCUACUAAACCUGGAAGAGUGGAGCUGGAAGAUAAACUAAAGAUCUCUGACAAGAAUACAAAGGAGACUGAAAAUCUAUCCAAAAUGUUACUUAAACCUGAAAGACAAAGAAUACUCUCCCUUAACAAUGUUUCUGUUACAACCAAGGUUAAAGAUACAGAUAAGUUGAGUUCUAGACUAAGCCAACCUGGAAACAACUACACUCAUAGAGAUAUAAACUGUUCCGCAUCAAUUCUACCUUCAGCAGUAUCAUCAACCCAUAUCCGGGUACCAUCUUCACCUAGACCUUCUUUACCAACUGCUAAACCGUCUCUAUCUACUUCAAGAUCUUCUCUAUCGCCUUUAAGACCUUCUCUAGCAUCUGAAGGUAUAAUGGGAUUGAGAAGGUUUGGAGGAGAUGGUUUAAGAAUACCGCGACCUAUAUCCAGACAGUAUGAUGAAGCAAGAAGGAAGAAUAUGGUGGAGAUAUCCACUGUUUCACCUCAUAUAGCUGAUGCUCCAAACUCAGGAUUUGGUCACCCUGGUUUACCCAACGGACUGUUCCGCCUGGCCUCCUCUAUGACCCCGACCUGUAAGAGCCCAACUAAAGCUACUGCUAAGGAACCUAAAGCUAGCCUGGUGAAGAGACCUCUGCUCGUGCAGGAGCAAGGAGACAACUCGUUGAAAUCUCCAGAAAGGGUUGCCAGGAAUCUAAACUAUGGAGAUCCUCCAGUACUCUCCCCACAGGUGACCCUGAAGAGUACCCCAGGAAGUAGAAUCUCCUCAUCUAUGGCCCGCACAGCAGCUGAUGCGGUCAAAUCACCUGACCUCAAAUUAGCCAAAUUAUCUGGACCCAAGCCGGUUAGAUCACCUGACAACAAGAGAAGGUUGGAGGAGAAAUCAACCCCACACCGUCCUAAACUUUUUCCUUCAAACCUUUCCAACCAGAAGUCAAAACAACGGGUUGGCAUGAGUAUGGGUCUCUGUGGAGAAAUGGAGAGAAGUCGUCUUCAACUGAAACCUGCCACCUCGCCUAACCUCGUCUUGGAACGAUACCCUAUAGUUCAGGUAGCAACUAAAUGGGGCAGAUAUUUCUUUUAAG